UUAAUGUUUAAUAUUUAUAGUUAAACGCCAAUACCUUGCUAUAAUACAGGUAUAGAAGUAUCCAGUUGGUUUGGUGUUGCUAUUUUCGGGAUUUCUUUGGCUUGGUCGUGCGGAAAGAAAAUGCCUGAGAGGUCAAACAAGGUAAAAAUAGUGCUUGACAAAAAAUGAACAACGUUUUUCUGCCAAGGAAAUCUAGACCUUUAUCUUGGUUACAUACUUACUCUAAAUAGCAUGCUUGUUCAACACUAACGUUAUACAUUAAGCUGGAGCUAACUGUAGUUUUAAGAGACUGUAGGAUCCACACGUUUGUGUUUCCUGAGAGACACAACCAUGCCUCAAAUGGACCCAAAAGGUGAGCCAGAAGAAACCAUUAGACCCUCAAUUGGAGGUGACGAUGGUGGUGGUGGAGCCACAAUCCUUGCUUUGACCAUUUGCUCUGCAGCCAUUGGAGGAACUUUCCAAUAUGGCUACAACAUCUCCAUUAUCAACGCUCCUACCAGCUACAUCCAGACCUUCAUCAACGACACCUACAUGGAGCGAUGGGGCUAUGGUUUGGAAAGUUCUCAGCUCACCUUAAUGUGGACCAUCAUCGUUUCAACCUUUUCCCUCGGGGGUUUGAUCGGAGCCCUUCUCGCCGGUCCUCUUUCGGUCCGAUUUGGCAGGAAGAACUCUCUGCUUCUAAACAACGGUUUCCUGUUCGCUGGCGCUGUUCUCGUGCUCACUUCCAGGGUGGCGAAAUCCUUCGAGAUGAUCAUCUUCGCUCGCUUCCUAGUGGGGAUUAACUCAGGCGUCAGUAUGAACAUACAGCCUAUGUAUUUUGGGGAAAGCGCACCCAAACAUCUCAGGGGUGCUGUGGCUUUUUCCUCGGCUGUUUUCACUGCGUUUGGGAUCUUCCUGGGUCAAGUUGUGGGUCUCACUGAAGUUCUGGGUGCACAACAUCUUUGGCCUUAUUUACUAGCUAGUAACGCUUUGCCAGGGUUGAUCCAACUUCUCACCUUACCAUGGUUUCCAGAAAGCCCUAGGUACCUUCUCAUCGACCGAGGAGACAAGGACGCUUGUGUCAAGGCGCUUGGAAGGCUUCGAGGUGGCAUAGCUCCCAUUUUAGAGGUGGAAGAGAUGCUUGAGGAGCAGGAGCAGCAAAAAACGGCCGCCUUGAACUCUGGAUCGUCUGCCAACAAGACGCCUUGGACUCUGUUUAAAGAUGCAAGCCUUCGAUCUCAGCUCAGGACUGUCAUGGCGGCCAGUAGCGCCAUGAUGCUCUGCGGCAAUGACUCUAUCUACUUCUAUGCUUACUACAUGUUCCUCGCAGCGGGGAUACCUCCACAGAAGAUCCAAUACAUCACCAUCGGCACGGGGGCGUCCGAGUUUACUGCGUCUAUCCUGAGCAACCUGCUGAUCGAAAGAGUUGGACGUAGAUACCUUCUUAUUGGAGGGUACAGUUUGAUGUCUUUCUGGAGCGUAGUUUUCACAGUUGCUCUGAACCUCCAGAGUCGAGGUGUUGCUGGGAUGGCGUACCUCAGCAUGGCUUGUGUUUUCGCCUAUAUCCUCAGUUUUGGUUUGGGUCCUGCAGGCGUUUCGGGGAUCCUACCGGCCGAGAUCUUUGACCAAUCGGCUCGUCCGGCUGCUUACAUGGUUGCCGGGUCUUGCAUGUGGGUCAGUUUGUUUUUGGUGGGCAUGCUGUUCCCGUUUAUCGUCAAAGGGUUGGGGGAUUUCUGUUUCCUGCCGUUCUUUGUCGUUUGUGUGACCUCCGCUGUGUUUUUGGGAAUCACUUUACCAGAGACUAAAGGAAAGACACUGGCAGAGAUCACGGCAGAUUUUGAUGGAAGGAAUGGAAAGCAGAAAGAGUAUUCAGACGUGGAAAUUGAUGAACCCAUGAAGGAGCAGUACCAACUGGGUAAAGCUGCCUCUCUUACUAACCUAAUGCUGGAUCCUGAUAGUAAUCCUGACCUGGAGAGUAUACAGCCUCAAGUGAAUGUGUAAAAGAACUGCCUUUGUUGCCUACUUAUGCACUUUUAGUGUUAACUGAAAUCAGAAGUGUCCUAUUUAUGCUGUGUUUUUAUUUAUGUGGUAAAUCUUUGGAAAGGCAAGUUUAUUUAUAUAGCACCUUUCAACACAAGGCAAUUCAAAGUGCUUUACAAAAAACGAAAGACAUUAAGAAAAUGGCAUUUAAAAUCAGUAAAAAGAAAAGAUAAUAAAAUAAACAUUAAAAGAAAAAAUACAUGGUUAAAAGUUACAGUGCCCUUUAAGAUGUGAAUAGUUCAAU